AUGACUCCAGCAGAGGCUAGAGCAAUUGUACUUAGAGCUGCCAGGAGGAACGGAUGGAUCAGUCAGGAGGAUCGUGACAACUCAGCCCCCGGAACAUUAGAAGCGCUUGAAAACACCAGGGAGCAGCUCGGAGAUGCACUAGAAAUAAUUUCUCACGAUCUUAGCUCCGCAAAUGCGCGUUUCGCUUUGGAAUUAGUCCAGAAUGCCGAGGACAAUAAAUUCACUCGAGCACAACAGCUCGGCCAGCAACCUUAUAUCAGGUUUAAAGUGCAGCCCACAAGUAUUGUUGUGGAAUGCAAUGAGGAUGGUUUCGUAGAGGAAAAUGUCGUUUCGAUAUCCAGGAUUGGAAGGAGCUCAAAGAGCAAAGAUCGCGGAUACAUCGGCGAGAAAGGGAUCGGAUUCAAGUCUGUCUUCCAGGUCGCAAGGGCAAUUCAUAUUCAAUCGAAUUCGUUCUCUUUCUCGUUUCGGUGUGGAGAAGGUGCCACCAGAGAUAAGCUUGGGAUUGUCACCCCUAUUUUAGAGGACGAACUCAUUCCUGUCGACGCACGUCCACUCACCCGAAUGACUUUGACUCCCUUCCAGGCCGAGGAAGCCAUCCCCUACGCCUCCUUGGUGGCUCAGUUCCAGCAAGAUAUUCCCGACAACCUUCUAUUAUUCUUAUCCACACUUACAAAAAUUGAAAUCCAAUGUCGGCAUCUAGAUGGAAGAAGCACCCUAACAACUUUCAGGAAGAUAGAGAGGGAUGAUGGUAGAAUGGUCCACUUAGUCAAGUCUGUGGAAGAUCUUCACCACUCAGACGACACUUCGGUUACGGAAAAUCCACCAGAUCAGUAUUAUAUCACAAAAAGAGAUAUACCUCAACUUACUUUGCACGCGUCUCGACCUAAUAUUCAUUCGUGCGAGGUGGUCUUGGCAUUCCCUGUGGAUGAGGCUUCUCGGCCACUCAUAUCAAUGCAAUCUUGCUUCGCUUUCCUUCCAAUCCGUAGAACUAAUUUCAGUUUCAUAAUCCAAGCUGAUUUUAUCUUGCCCGCGAAUAGAGAAGACGUUCUCAACUCAGCUCGAAACACAGAUAUUUUACGGGGUGUAGCGGAGACUUUUCGAGAUGCCGUUCUCCAAUUUGUUAGCAGUGAUUCUCCACUUCGUUACAAAUGGAUAAAAUACUUACCCAGUGGCCAAUCACUUGGUAGAGUGUGGGAGGUGCUACCAACCGAGAUCAUUAGACUUCUGCGUGUGGAAAAUAUACUCUAUUCCCAAGAGUUUCCAACACCCUGUCAGCCAAAUAUGUUACGGAUUUUACCACCGACUCAUCUGGAUUCUUCUGGACUACCUUUAUUUCAUGAUCGGCCCGAGGUAAAUAGGAAGUACCUCUCCCUGCGGUAUGACCCUGAGGAUAUUGAUGUGCUUCGCGAUGUGUUUGGUAUCCAUGAUAUCAACGAUAUGCAUAUGUACCACAGAAUAAAGCAAGAUUUAGAAAGUGGCAGUUCGAAAAUGAUGUGUCGCGAGACUGACGACGAUUGGCAUUCCCGUGCGGCUUCGCUCAUAUUAUCAAUUCUGUCUAGAUCCUCGAUCGGACUCAUAAAUAUGAUUCGAGAAUUGCCCCUGAUUCCCAUGAACAAUGGGGAAUGGGUGGACGCCUCGGAGGAAGAACUGUACUUCCCGGCGGCAAUUGGACCUGAGAUACCUGGAGAUCUCAUCACCACCGUGGAUCCUGGUGCGUCAACGAAUAGCUCUCGGAAAGCCUUGUUCACAGCACUUGGUGUUACUGGUAUCCGGUCCCAAACAGUGGUCGACCAGUUGUUAAGAUAUUAUUUGCAAAGUGGUGGAGCGUCCGAUUUGUCCUUCUCCAUGACACAUGUCAGCUAUUUAUAUUGGCAUCUUGAGAACAGAGAUGACCCCAGACUCUCACUAGUUUGGCUCUACGGAACAAAUGGUAGGCAGGUAACAUCUCGGCGGAAUUUCAUGUACUUCCAAACUGCAGAAGAGUAUGGUUCAUAUGAGCUUCUAAAAGCUUAUGAACACCCAAGAGAUCCCAGCAGAAACAUACCCGAGUGUGUCGUGUCAUUUUUGAAAUCUGAAUAUACGACUUUGUUCCCACCAUCUACCCGGCGACAUGGUUCAUCAUGGUUGAAAUGGCUAGAGAAAGGCUUGGGAGUACGCCGUAUACCAAGACUUAAAUUUGACGGCGGAUCCCUAUCAACUGAGUUCCGACAUAUCAUACGAUAUCGACCCGAUAAGAUUAUCGGCACGUUGAAGAAGCACUGGGAUGAUUAUGUUGCCGAUAUGAGCCCUCCAAUCGUGGAUACCUUAUCCCAGUCAGAGGUCACUUGCUUAGGAGGGCAGCUCAGAGCCUUGAAAGACACAUACCUACCACUGCAAGACUUGAAAGACAGGGCUCAAACGUUAGGCAUUGGCCAAGAGUUUCCGUUCUUGAUGGUAUCAGGCGGUUUAGAAGCGAAUACGGUACUUCGAGAUUGGAUAUUUCUUGACGAAUUUGAGGUGGGAUUUGAGCCGGAUCUCAAUUUUUACGUAGAAGUUCUACGGCAGCAUAAAACACGCAGAUACCUUACUUGGGGAAGUGAGAUAAGAGAGAAAAUAUUGAAAACCUACGAAUUAAUCGCAGACAACUGUAGUGACAACCAGAGAGAAGGGUUGUGCGAGGAGAUCGACACACGAAAACUGAUAUUAGAUCCUUGUUCAUUUCAAGAAAAUGCAUCCGGUCCCACCUGGAUUGAUAUCCAAAGUUGCGCCUGGCGUGGUCCUGUUGAUUUGCUGGCGAAGAAGCCGCUGGCAGAAGUUCCGGAAUAUCGAAACAACAGAAAACUGUGUAAAUUCUUCCGUGAAAUUCUUGAUAUUGAAGAUACAACUUGGCGAGACUAUUUAGAAAUGGUUUCAAAUCUUAGGAGACUGACAAGAUCGUCUCCGAAUCUGCCCGAAACGGCGUUGAGGCUAUAUCAUCUCUUAUUGAGCGACGAUCGAAGCACGCCGAAUUGGACGGAAAUUAGCGAACGCUUCCAGACUGAAGGAUUGAUCUAUAUACCGUCAACCUCGAGUUGGGUUUCACCUUCUGAAUGCCUCUGGGACAGUCCUGUCCCAGUAGAUGGCAAAUCACUUAUUCUCCAGUCUUAUCCUGAGGAGCUCAAACUUUUCUUCUUGGAACGGUUACAAAUAUGUCCAGCUUCUUUGAGCACGCUGGUAGAAGAACUCUUCGCUCUUGCGACACGACAUCCUACAGUGCAGAGAGUCAAGCAAUUAAUCUGGGCAAUCAAUGGGAUGAGACCAAAGCCAAAUGAUUUAGAUAUCCUGUCAACAUGCAACUUUCUUCCUGUGAGAGUUCCACAGCCUGGAGCAGCUCACCAAAUAGAGUUUCAUGCCUGCCAUAGCGACUUCGCCAUCAUCGACAGAAUCAAACUCGCAGAAAUAUUUGAAGGCCGCGUAGAAUUUUUAGACUUUAGCUUGGAAGAAAUCCUACAGUUGGAACCUUUUCUGGGAUCGCUGGGUUUGGGUAGCAAAUACUUGUCUCUGAUUUGCCGCGAAGAAACUGAUUGGGAAGGAGAGAGCUUUAUUGACGACAGACUAACAGCAGACUUCCAUGGCAGGGCGUAUGAUCUUCUCAGGUGCGCAGUCUCAUACCGGAGUGCAACUGCAACAUUAAACGCGCAGACCAUGUUAAACCAACUUCGCAGUGCAUCUAUCCUCAAGACAAAUGGCAUUUUCACAAAAUACACAAUUCAACGGUCCGGGGAAGACAUUACAAUACAGAUUCCCAGCGGUAACGUACGUAUCAGAGAGCAAGAAAACAGGUUGAAUGUUUCCGUGCCUGAAAAUAGGAGAGAGAGAACACUGUGUUAUUCUUUGUCAUUUCCCAAAGCGUUGACUAAACUCUUCCAAAUUCCACCGGCUGCCAGAGAGAUUAUCAGCAAUGUACUCAACAAGCCAAUCUACAUACUUGAUGAUAUCUUGGAGGCUGAAGGUAUAGGAAUGGUACCAGAUAUUGCUCCUCCGCCUCGACCAGCUGCUGAAGAUUCAUUGGAAGAAGGUACUAGCGAGCAGAACGUCAUAGCCGUUGAGGAUACUGUGGCUUCGUCUAGGAGUUCACAAGCUCAAAGAACACCGGCUUCCAGCGUCAGGCGCUCGCAUUCACCUCCUCCUGCAGACCAAAUCCAUGGCCCUCCAGAGCGGCUUAGUCCGGAGAUCGCUGAUGGGAGGACCUAUUACUCCCCUGAUGCCUAUCGAGACCUCCUUGGGAAUGUUAUUCGGCUUGCAGGCCAAACCAAUCUACCACAUCUUAAUUCUAGGGAAAUAGUGGGUAAUACCCAAUUCCUCCAAGGGUUCGACCGUGUGAGAACGUUCGGCAUUCGUAGUCAGGGACAAAUGAAUCAUGACACCAAAAUCGGUGCGGCUGGAGAACUAUUUGUAUUUGAGAUGUUAUCCACUCUUGGUCUUCCACAGCUUGACUGGUCCAACUGGUCCAACUGGGAGAGCACCAUCCGUGGGCUUGUGGCAAUCCAUCCUAGGUAUACCGGUAUGGAAAACUGGCCAGGCAGAGAGACCGCCGAUAUUACUUACGACGACCAGUCGGGCGGUUUAACAGCGAUACUUAUUGAUAAAGGAUACUUGGACGGGCAAGUGUGGAGGGACGCCAGGCCGAAAUACUUCAUGGAGGUGAAAACAACGACGGGCGAGUGCGGUGACAGACUUUACAUAAGCAACAAUCAGUAUCAAUUGAUGCUGCGCUACACGUUCCCACCAGGUCGAUCAGUUCCGAAUGUUUACAUUAUCUUCAGGGUGUUCAACCUCGGUCGCAACAAUUUGAGUGUGAAGCUCUAUGUAGAUCCAGAAGCUCAUCGGCAGAGAGGCGAUUUGGUAUUUGAAUCCCAAACAUGGACCGUUAGGCCCCGGGUGUAA